AAUUAGCAGAGGGAUCAUAUUUCUUAUCUUCAACAGCUCCCCUUCCUCCUUCAAUGAACUGUAAAGAAAAAUAUUCUAAGAAACAAAAUCAGUACACAGUCUGGUCAGGACCUGAAAAUAUUUGAUUGACAAUUUCUGGAUGAAGGAAAAAGUUACAGGGCAUGCCCAUCCAAGAUGUUUAUAUUUUCUUCUCUCUAAUUCAGGAUCUUUUACCUUUGGUGGUUCCCUAGCUGCUGCUGCUUUGGAAGAGACCUCACCCUCUUCCUCAUAUAGAGACAGUGGUGAUGGUCCUGUGGAGCUGAGUGCAUCUAUUGGAUAUAGGCAACAGAUUUUGGCAUGAGGUCUAUUUCUGAUCCUCAUGUUAGAAAAUUCAGAUAGAAAAUAUGAAAGAACAAAUGCUAUGAAAAGAUGAUAUAUAGGUUCUAAGGUCCUAAAAAUCAAAUAAAAUGAGAGAAGUGCAAGAAUGAAAGAGUUUCUUGCUUUUCCUUCUCAUUGACAUCUGUUAAUUGGCUGUAAUUUAAGAGUUCUUGUCUGUAAUUAUUUAUAAUGAAUCAUGGAAAAAAAAAAUCCAACUCAUUUGCUUCUAAAUCUUUCAGCUUGAAUUUAUUUAACCCUUUUGGAGAUGACAUUUUCUUUUAGUUUGAUUUGAGGGACAGCAACUUCACUAAUUAUGCAAUGAAAAUCAAUUUCUUAUAAUUGAGACAAUAUUUGAAUUCUAAUGGACAUACCUCUAAAAACUUGUCACCAUUAAGUGUCUUAUGGACAGUAAACAGAUACAUAAACAAAUGCAGGUUUAUGCCUAAGCACGCAUGUGGGGAAAUGAUUUGUUACUCGUUAGUUAUGAGUUAUACAAGGUACAUUUCUAAGUUGUAAAUGACAAUAUUUGGAGUUGAAGCUAAGAAUCUAUAGUGAAUUUUAGGACCCUGUUUGACCACCUACUGAAUGAAGGUCAUUUUAGCAUCUAAUUAAAUAUGCCAAGUCACAUACCAAAAAGAAAAACAUGCCAUAGAUACCUAGAUAUAGAAGAAAGUCCAGAGAAGAUGCGGAUCAUUUAUGCAAAAUUUUCACAACCUAUAAAGCAACAUCUUAAUCACAGUAAAGUAACACAAACAAUAAUUUCUCUUCCUUUUUUCCCCCCCUUUUUUGAUGUUUUAU